AUGUACCGGACACCUUGCCUGCUACCCAAGGGACCUCCAAAGUACGCUCCAGAUGCCGGCUGGGGGACAAGGAACAAACCGCUGGCGGUGGAGUCCCCAGAGCUGAAAAGGAGCGUCCACUUCUUUUACGUCAAAAAAUGGCGAAAGUUCUGGGGAGUCUUGUACCGGGAAAGCUCCUGCUCCACCGCCCACCUGGAGCUCUUCGAGGGCUCGGCGCCACCGGCCGCCGAGAAGCUGCGGGAAGGCGAGGGCGGCAAGCGGCUGGUCAAGCUGAGCGACUGCGUGCACGUGGCGGAGGCGAGUGGCGAUGCCGGCUGCCCCAAGGAGACUGUCCCCUUCCUGCUGGAGACCACCGACAAGCGGUACCUCCUGGCCGCUGAUGGCACCGAGGCGGCCGGCUGGAUCCAGAAGCUGUGCGAGCUUGCCUUCCCGAGGAGCAGGGAGGAGCAGGCAGCAGGCAAGGACGGCCAGCAGAGCUUGCUGGGCACCGACGGCGUGUUCUCCAUGGAGGAAAACUCCCUCUACAGCUCCCGGGGCAAAGGUAGGCACCGGGAGCAGGCGUUCAAGGUGACGGUGAGGGCCACCGAGCCCUCUGAGCGCUGCCGGCUCUGGGGCCAGUGCAUCCUGCGAGCUGGCGAGGAGGCGCUGGAGCUGCGGGAUUUCCAGACCUUGGAGAUCCUCUACAGCUGGCCCUACCACUUCCUGCGGCGCUUUGGGCGGGAUAAGGCGACCUUUUCCUUCGAGGCCGGCCGGCGCUGCGCAUCCGGAGAAGGCAACUUUGAGUUUGAGACCAGGCAAGGCAACGAGAUCUUUCAGGCGAUCGAGUCGGCCAUCAACGGUCUGCUCCCACAGCAGCAAGGGAUGAUCCCCGUCCACGACGGGGCUGGUUCCCAUCUCCGGACCCGGGGCGACCCGGGCAUGGCCAGGAGCAUCCAGCAGCGCUGCCGGCUUGGUUAG